AUGGGUUCUCUAGUGGUGAGAAAGCAGUCAGAAUUGGGAACAGCAUUUCUGAGCCACUUACGACCUCUGCUCACUGCAAGAGAGGAGCCUGCGUGGGCUUCACCUUGGGACAAACGCUCGCUGCAGCGUUUCUCUGUAAGAAAGACCGGGUUUCGCAAAAGGGCCGGCGCCGCCGCCGCCGCCGCCGCCCGCAGGCAGGACGAGGCGUUCUCCACCGCCAGAUGCACCUCCAGGUGCCUGAGCCUCCAGAUCACCCGCAUCUCCGCCUUCUUCAAGCAUUUCCAGAACAAUGGGUCACUUGCUUGGUGCCAGAAUCAUAAACAGUGUUCAAAGUGCCUGGAGCCCUGCAAAGAGUCCUGGGACCUGAAGAAAAACCAUUGCCAAAGCUUCUGUGAGCCUCUCUUCCCCAAGAAGAAUUAUGAAUGCCUAACUAGCUGUGAAUUCCUUAAGUACAUCCUGUCUGUGAAGCAAGGGGACUGCCCAGCACCUGAGAAGGCCAGUGGUUUUGCAGCUGCCUGUGUUGAAAGCUGUGAAGCUGAUAGUGAAUGUUCUGGAGUGAAGAAAUGCUGUUCCAAUGGAUGUGGUCAUACAUGCCAAGUUCCAAAAAAUCUGUACAAAGGUGUUCCACUGAAACCCCGGAAAGAAUUAAAAUUCAUAGAACUUCAGUCUGGAGACCUGGAGGUGAAGUGGUCUUCAAAAUUCAAUAUUUCUAUUGAGCCUGUGAUUUACGUUGUUCAGAGAAGGUGGAAUCAAGGAAUCCAUCCAAGUGAGGAUGAUGCUACCAACUGGCAAACUGUGGCACAGACUACAGACGAGCGGGUUCGGCUGCCGGACAUCCGAGCGAGCAGGUGGUACCAGUUCCGUGUGGCAGCGGUGAACGUGCACGGGACGAGAGGCUUCACGGCACCCAGCAAGCACUUUCGAUCCUCGAAAGAUCCAUCUGCUCCACCAGCUCCAUCUAAUAUCAGAAUUGCCAAUAUCAGUGCAAACAAUGACGGGAGUGUAGAUGUAAUGAUUACUUGGGAUCUUCCAGAAGAGCCUGAUAUCCCAGUGCACCACUACAAAGUCUUCUGGAGCUGGACAUAUAGCAAAUAUGUAAUCCCAGCUAAAAAGAAGAGAAGGAAGAUUACUGAUGGGGCCCAAAAUUAUGUGGUCCUGGAGGGACUCCAACCCAACAGCAACUACAAUGUAGAACUGCAGGCAGUAACACGCUGGGGUCAGAUACGCCUAAAAAGUGCUAAGGUUUCUCUCCAUUUUAGCACAACUCAGGACACCAGGAAUAAUAAGGAACAGACAUCUGCUGCUGGGAAACCCCAAAAAGGACUGGUAGAUUCUUACCCCACGUUUCAAAGAAGAAAAACCACUCGUUUUCUUAAAAUUGGAACUCCUUUCUAUCAGGACAAUCAGCUCCAGGUCAAAGUUUACUGGAAGAAGACAGAUAUCAGCAUGAAUCAAUUCCAAGUCCACUGGUUACUGGAGUCCUGUGCACGCAAUGACACCAAAGGACUUGGGAAAGUAACAGAGCUGGCUCAUGAAAACUACAUGAUUCUGAAGGACCUGUCAUUUUCAUGCAAAUAUAAAGUAACUGUUUUGCCUGCAAAAUCUAAAGGUCGUUUUAAGGCUGAGAGUAUUUUCUUUGUUACUCCACCUUGCUCUGCAUUUAAAGAAAAAAACCACAAGCACAUUAAUUGUCCUGCUGAAGGAGUGCCGGUUCUACCCAAAGUGUUGGCCAAACCCGAGAAUCUCUCUGCGUCUUUCAUUGUUCAGGAAGGUAACAUCACCGGUCAUUUUUCCUGGAAGAUAUCUAAGGCAGACCUUCACCAGCCCAUGACAGGGUUUCAGGUCACUUGGGCAGAAGUAACCACAGAAAGCCGGCAGAACAGCUUACCCAACAGCAUCAUUUCACAGUCGCAGAUACUGCCAGCAGAUCAUUAUGUACUUACCGUGCCCAAUCUGAGGCCAUCGAUGCUGUACCGCUUGGAAGUUCAAGUGCUGACAACUGGCGGGGAAGGGCCAGCUACAAUAAAAUCGUUCCGAACACCCGACCUUCCUCUAUUUUCACCCCACAGACCUCAUCUGAAGCAACAUCAUCCACAUCACUACAAGCCACCCCCAGAGAAAUAUUAGACUGUUUGAGAUGAUUAUACAAAUAACUGAGAGAAAAACUGAGCUCCCAAAUAAAGGCUGGAAAAAGGCACAUCUGCAGGAGCAAUGAACCCAGUUUUCCAGUGGAAGUUACCAUCCUGUACGAUCUGUACCUACUUCUCUGUAGUUUAGCCAUGAAGAAUUGUAUUUGCACCAAGACCAGGAUGAAACAUAGAGCACGUAUCAUUUCACUACCA